GUAGAGUGUGGACGUACUCUGCAGCUGCUUGGGACCUGUUGAUAGCACAACUGUGUGCUAACUUUGCCGUUCCCUGGCUGAUAUAUACAAGAUAUUCAUGACUUAGAACCUGCAUUUGUUUAGCCCUAAUGACGUAACCUGGAGGGGACCAAGAUGAGUUUUUUCAACUCGCUGCAGCAGAUGGUGACCAGUGGGGUGGCGAGUCUCAGCCUCAGUCCGAAGAGGUUCUCCCUCAGCAAAGAACCGAGUACUGAGGCACCGGUGGAGGAGGCUGCUGGGCCUGGCUCGAGGUCGGCCUCAAUCCCGGGAUUUCCCAAGGUAGUCCCACCUCCUGGAGCCCUCACACCCCCCAGGCGUCGUACCCUGGAUGGUCCGAGGAGGGUUGGGUCGUUCCGUCAACAGUCCCACCGGGAGAGACCUCCCCUGGUGGCCUUCUGCCGCCGCCGACUCAGCUGGCCCGAGGUUGAUCUCCAUGCUACUUCAGGGGUCCAGGAGACGGACGGGUCGUUUUUCGAGAGCUACACAGCCAUCUCGUGGAAACUGGAGAACAGAAGGUUGUUGACCAUGCAGGAGAGCAGGGAGGACCAACCCCCUCCCCCUGAGUAUGUAGUGGGCAUAAAACCUCCCCCGGACCUGCGCCCACACCCCAAGGAGUUGGAACAGUUGUAUAUAGAAGUUCUCUACACAAUAACCAACAAGGUCGGUGCUUCCAGUGGUCAGUUCUCGCACUACCAGGACGAGUUGUACAGCUACGCCCAGAAGGCAUUCAACAUCCCACCCGACCAGCACAGGAGGUACCUCGCCAUCGCUACCGAGGAGAAGCCGCCUAUUGUGGUCCUCAACGUGGUAGUGUUGGAAGCAGAAGGCCUGGAAGCUAAAGAUGCGAAUGGUUUCAGCGACCCCUACUGCAUGCUGGGUAUCCAGCCUGGCAUGAUGGCGUCACCACAACCGUCUUCCCCCGGCUCUCCUAGUCCGAGAGGAACAAACUCUCGUGCUCUCUCGGAGAGCGGCCUGGAACCAUCGGAAAAACAUGAGGGCCACCAUGAAAAACUACGGAAACAUCACAGCUUUCGUCUGAGUUUUAAAAGGAAAGAGCGGAGAGAACAUCGAGACAGCAUAUCGCAAGCUGUGCCUGCCAAAUUUAUCAGAGCCACCACUGUCCGACCCCAGACACUUAACCCACGAUGGAAUGAAAAAUUCAGAUUCGAUAUUGAUGAUGUGGCUACAGACAUUCUCCAUCUAGAUAUUUGGGAUCACGAUGACGAGUCUAGCGUGCUAGACGCGGUGAGCAAGCUCAAUGAAGUACGGGGUGUGAAAGGUCUGGGUCGAUUCUUCAAACAAAUCGCUCAGAGUGCUCGCACUGGCAGUACGGAUGACUUCCUCGGCUGUGUUAAUGUGCCUGUACAAGAUAUCCCAUCAACUGGACUCGAUCGCUGGUACCAGUUGGAGGCGCGGACGAACCGGUCAAAUAUCCAAGGCCGGAUCAGGUUGAAGCUAUGGCUGUCUACGCGGGAGGACCGGGGCGCUAGUGAGGAAGACAACUGGUCUGCGAUGCGCAGCUCACAUCGGCUACAUGCAGUGUUUAUUGACCACGAGACGGCUCUGGCGCAGGGACAGUGGAAUGGAGACCUGCCUCAUGUCGCCCUGAGUAUUCUACAUCAGCAUGCAAUACAAGGAGACAUCACAGAACUACAGUUGGCAGCAGUGCGGUGGCUGGCGUACAGUCGGACCCAACCUAGUGUAGACCCCAGAGUGCUGUACAAGCUGCUCACAUCACUAGAGAACACUUGGCCUAUGGAAGUGCUGUCCAGGGAAGAGGAAGAGUGGUUAGCCGACUCUUUCAACAUUUUUCUGGAUUAUUCGCUUCAACUUAUCAGGAAACAUCGAAUACUCUUCCCUCCUCAUCACCGACCCUCAAUGUCUCGCUUGGAACAUCUUUUAAGAUGCUUAGGAUUGCUGUCUUCCAUGAAGGCCUAUUGGAAAGUUUGUCCUUUCAAUAAAGAAGUCAGAGGAGAAAUUAUGCAAUCGCUGAAAAAGGGAACCCAAGAAUGGUACGAAGAGCAACACAAAGGCAUGGCUAACAUGCGAACAGACCCGGACACUAGGAUUCUUGCUCUCGUCAAACUCAUCACAGCCUUCAUAGUCGAUCUUCAGAAAGGCACUGACUACUACAACGGACUUUUCGAGAGCACCAAUGGAGUUUCUUAUUUCUGUGCUGUUUACAAACAUCUGGAAAAACUUAUGGCCAAGGAAUUCUCAAGAGUGGUGGAUAUUCUUGAGGUGGUGAACGACCUCGGGCCCGAGAUGUCUACGUUGUGUCAACAACUGAGGAUAACAGAGCUGGGAGUUGAGCCUCCGAACCUUCCACCGGGGGCUGAAGUGGGAACUCCGAUCUUUGAACUUUAUCUCUCCGUGCAGGAAUUUAUAAGUUUCAGAGAACAUCUUCCGGAACACAAGUCCUUAUCAGUCCACAGUUACUAUGAGUGGUUUGAACCUGCUGUCGACAAGUGGCUUGACUUGGCAAAGUUCAAGGCAUUAAACAGAAUAAAGAAAGCUGCAGAGCUAAACAGAUUCUGCUCAGGGGACUAUAUUGUCAAACAUAGCACAUCAGCUGUGGAUACAUCUGCUGUGUUUUAUCAGUUAAAAGAGUUUUGGAAGCAACUGGCUUGGCCUGAUAUUAUUGGUUCCUACAAUUUGGUUGUCAAACUGAUAGAUUGCAUAUGCAGUGGCGCCAUUUACUAUGCCCAACUUACCCAGCAGAAGCUACAAGAGACGGGGUAUUACGAGGAUAAUUCCGCCUUCCGUACCACCGAUGAGAUGUGUGUCGCAAUGAAUGACCUGGAGUACGUGAGACGCAGUGUGACUCUACUGCCUGAUGAGCUUCAGGUCGAGGCAGUGUUGGAGGCUGUAGAUGCCGCAGGGGAUCAUUCCACCCAAUGGCGAGACAAUAUUACUCAGCUGCUUGACUCCGCUACCCAUCAGCUACUAGCCGAUGUCAUGAUGAUUAUCAACCGCAUCGGUGUUAAGAUGCGACCGGCCUUAAAAAAGUCCAUGUUUCACCUCGCAUGGUCACCUGACUCCCUUCCAACCAGUGACGCCAUCACUCCCCUUCUAGAGUAUCUCGACUCCCACCUGAUUGCGCUCAACUCUGCCUUGCUGCCACGCAACUUCGAGCGUGUGCUGGCGCUUGUCUGGGACACGUGCGUUACUGAGUUGGCGCACCAGAUGGAUGGUCAUGCGCAGGACAAGAUGCCCGGCUUUUACGACCGACUCUACGAAGCGCUGGAUUUUCUAGCAGAGUUCUUCCAUGCCGAUGGCAAAGGCCUGAACCUGGAAGGUUUGAAGACAGAGGUUUACCGAGGUGUGGAGCAGAGGCUAGGUUACCACAAGACUGAGACAGAACAGCUGAUAAACAUGUACUACAUAGAGCGUCUGCAAGAACAGUUUAUCACCGAGGCGACACCGUAUGGUGUGCUGACUGUACGAGCGUACUUCCAUCAUGACUCCCUCUGUGUGGAAGUACUGAACGCCAGAGACGUCAUACCACUAGAUCCCAAUGGUUUUAGUGAUCCAUUUGUCAUAGUAGAACUUUUGCCGAAAACUCUGUUCCCGCAUUGCAACGAACAAGUCACAAAUGUACAGAAGAAAACUUUGAAUCCGCUAUUUGAUGAAUGUUUUGAAUUCUCGGUGAGUCUAGACCAGUGUCGAGCUGACGGAGCGAUGGUGGCGUUUACAGUAAUGGACCAUGACGUACUCACAGCUAAUGACUUUGCUGGGGAGGCGUUCCUGUCUCUUGGCUCCAUCCCUGGAGUCAACAGCGCCUGCAAUGCAGACAACUUCCACGGUCUCAAACAACUGGAGCUGCCACUCAUGCACCAGAAGAACAAAAAUCACCCGAUCCUUCAAACGUUGGAGCUGAGAACAUGGGAUAAGUCUGCGCAGGAGUUUGUCAAAAAGCAGAAACAACGGAUCGCGACGUCCUAGUCCACCCCAUGUGCCUUGUGGCUUUACUUCCUUCUAGUGCUGACUAUGCACAAAUAUAUCUUCAAACCUUCACUGUCUUCACGAUGUCUCAUCGAAUCUCGAUUGAAGAAAAAUGCUGUCCAUGAUACAAUAAUUAUGUACAUGACUUUGUCUUGUGUGUUGACGAUGUGUUGUCGAUGUAAAGAUGUGAGCGGAGUUCUCCGAGGUAUAAACCGGAUUUUAUAAUCCACAUAUUGAUGUCUUAAUGGCCUUGUAGCUUUUUAUAGUGCUACUGAAGUGCUCCAACCUCCAACCUCUCCAUUCCUGUCAAGGGUGUUCAGAUAAUAAGGUAACGUUCAUGUUCGUACGAUCUCAAACUGUGUUUUGCUUUUGUACUUUACCUUUACGAAAGUGUCGACCAUAUUUUAUUAUUUAUUAGAUUAUACAGUUCACAUUUUUUUGUCUGUUUAAGGAUUUUCUAAACUAAAAGUCCUUUGUGGAAUUUAGGUUUAUGUUUUUGUUUUGUAUGAUCAAUUUUAUUUACAUAUUUUUUUUUAGUGUUGCAUAUACUUGGUCUUUUUAAACUAUACAUGCUUAGUAUAAUUUAGUAUUAAAUUCAAGGGUUCCAAUUUUGUGGCCAAAUGGUUCUUUUUGUACAACAAACGUAUUCAAAAUUUUGGACAAAGAAUAUUGACUAAAACAAUUACAUUUCAUGAAAAAGUAUUACUUUCAACUUUUAGUUUCAUAAAAAUUGUAAGCGUACAGCAAUCACAAUCUAUAAAUUAUGUGAACCAAAUAGUAGUGCACAUGAAAAUAAUAAAAGUAAAAUGGAAUUAUAGAUUUAGAUGUUCUCUCAUCUACAGGAAUGUAUUUAAUUCUUCAAUAAAUAAAUACAAACACAUAUUUUCAAGUUUAACGAUGUAUAAAUCAAUUUCAAUUUCUCUUCUUCAUGCACCUUUUUCCUUAACACGUUUGCUACUGCAAUAGUACUAAAUUUUUUAUUCGUGUGGACCAGCGAUGCACAUAUGCGUUGGCCGGUAUUUACCAAUAGACUGCUGUUGCAUAUAUGCGACAACUGAUCACAUUAAAAUAGACUGAUGUCGCAUAUUUGCGUCGGUGUCCAAUGUUGUUAAAAAGCUUAUAUCUUUGUAACGGUCUAUUUGAAGGUACUGAAUUCUUUGCAGCGGUCUACAGGGAUGUCUGUCGCAUAUGCGCGUCACUUGGUCUGUGGAUAUGAGGAUUAGUUGCUUCAUAUGAUAGUUGGCAAAAGGCAAAACAGAUUUUUACUUUGCUGCAUUGCUCUGCAUGUACUGUUAACCAAGUGACACCUGGUCUAUGUGGAAUAUUAAAAUGUAUACCUCGGGCCGUGGCAAUGACUUUAGUGUCGCAAAUAUGUGGCGAUCGGUAGCGAACGUGUUAAUAAUCUGUUUUCUACUCUCCCACUUGCACUUUGUUGUGCAAAAUAAUAAAAAAAAAACUGUUCUAUUUCCAGAUUUGUUCUAGAUACUCUUUUAAAUCGCUUUUGCCAAGCACUACAAUAAAAUAAGCUGAAUAUUUUUUAAUGAUUGUCACAAAAAGCAUUUUGUUUUCCUUUAAUUAAUCUCUUAGGAGGGAACAUAUUGUAUUGUCCUAUUGUACUUCUUAUUGUAUUCCUUGAAAAUAAAUUCCGGUAAUUUCUAAAACCAUUUUCUUUUAGUUGAAUGUUAACAUUUAAAACCUUUUGUAUCACCUUAACGGCCACAGUGUAUUCUCUUACUGUAUAUAAACCUGCUUCAGCUAUUUGAUGAUAUUUUUUAUACAAUAGUCGUUGUGUAUAUGUGGACCAUAAGAACUCAAAAUAUUGUCAAUUUAUACAAACUAUCUACAAUUAUUGUAUAUAGUAAUAUAUGAUAUUCAUAGCUAAUAACAGGGUUGGAAAACAUUGUGUUUCAACUAUUUUUUUUUUUUAACUUCUGGCUGAUUGCAACAUUUGCAUUGUUACUGGUAUAAUCCCAUUGUUAGGUAAUGAUUCAUAUGCCUUUUGCACCUUCGUUUACAUAAGUAUAUACCAAGAAGCAUAUUUUCAUGUCAUAUAGGCCUAGUUGUAUGUCAAAAAUAACUCAUUUUAUUGCUGAUUUAAAAAAUUCAUUUUAAGGUUAAUUUAUACAUUUUACAAUUUUGGAAAAUUUCCUAGCUUUUACUAGUGUCAGCUAACUUAGUGUGUAUUUAAAAUAUUUUUUUACAAUUGACUAUAAAAAUAAAUAUCUUCAUAUAUCAAUUAAAAUAAAUUCCGCAAAGAAAUUUUAAUGUUUGGAACUAAUUGUAUGAUAUUAAAACCCCAGACCAUUUUAUCAGUUAAACUUUUCAAGUGUGAAAGCUACAGUAGUCGGUUAUGUUAUCAUUACGAAUUCUGCAACGUUGAUUAAAAUUAAAUGUAUAAAUAAAAUGAUAUUAAGUAAAUUUAUUUGUGACAUCACAGAGAAGUAAGCUACUAAAGAAACUUGCUUAUAGAACGACUGUGCGCUUUUAGCUCUAGAAGGUUGGGCCAGAAAUAUACUUGUCACAACCAAGGAAGAGCCUGAUAGUGGAGCACUGUUAACUCUAUUCCUAUCACGCAGGGCACGGGGUCUUCCACCACCGUGAGCGUUGUAGUACAUAAAGGCAAGGGAUCGAUGUUGGAAUUUGCCAUAGAAGAAAAACUCAAGGGUAAGUGUACCCUUGAGUUUUUCUUCUCUACCUGACUUUUCUGUGGGGAGGUCUAGCUGUUCGUAGACUAUAAAUUAAAAUUUUGUUUUAUUUCGAACAAUUUUGGAUUACAGUACUAAUUAAGCGACUGUGUUUAUACUUAAGACAUAUUCUAAAACAGAGACACAAAUUAAUUUUUAUGGCUAUAAUAGUAAAAUUGUUCUGUCAAUUUUAAGCAAAAACUGUCAUUAUGUUAUGAGAAACGUUGUAGGGUAAUUUCUAUAUUUUUUGUGCAUUCUUUUUUAAAGAAUUCCCCAACCCCUAGAUACAUUUAUUCAAAGUCAUUAUUAUACCAAGUUAGUCCAAUUUAUGUGCCAAAAAGAGUCGAUAGAUGAGUCUUAUCAUAAGCUGUAAUUUUUCUAAUUUAUUUCCCAAAAAAAAAUUUCUCUUAGGUAAAUGUUAAUGAAAAUCAUUGUUUUACUUCUGACUUUGCUAUGGAAAAUAAACUUUUUAAAUUUAACAAAUGUCAUUUAUUCUGAGGAUGUGAAAUGUGAUAUUAUAUAACUCUACUACAAUAUACCAAAACAAUUAUUCUUUGCUAUAAUUGUGUAUCUAACCUUAUAUGGCUUGUAGACAACUUUUCACUAUAACAAAAGAUUAAUAUCUAUUGUGGGUCUAACAUUUUACGUUUUCUUUUUUGUAUAAGUAAGUUAUUUUGUUAUUUUUGUGAAUCAAAAACACUUAUUGCCUUUUCAAUCACAGGGGCUUAAAAUGAAUAUGUUAAUUAAAGCCUAAUACUGUAUUAGUAUGGUACUGAAGCUGCAAAAUAAUAUAAAAUGGACUUUAAUGGCACUAAUUUUAAUAUCUACCCAUCAUGGUUUGUUAUUGCUUGCUCAUGUAAUUUUAAUGUUCCUUUGACAUGGUAACAAUAGUUUGUUAUUAGUUAGUUUGUUAGCUUGCAUUCAGAUAUAUAUGUGGUUGUUUAAAAUAACAUAUUUUUGUAUUGAUAUUUGGUUUGCCAGAAGGCAGUUUGAAGGCUUGCCUAAAAUGUACAAUCAAAUUGUAAUGUGCUAACCAUUGGCUAUAUCGUUGUAUUUUUUAUUGCAUGUAAAUAAAGAUGAAAAUAUUUUAAACGUGUACGAGUACAAUAAUUAUAUUUUAAUUGU